AUGGCAAAAGAAAACAUCAUAAAACAACAGGUAUUGAAGACACAGCAAAACAAAGGAAACGACAAGAAAUUAUGGAAAUGUAAGCCUGGGAAAAGACUUGUCAGUUCCGAUAUUUUAAGGGAAAUCCUAGAAAUAUGUAAUAGCAAAGCGAUCUUCCCACGAUCAGGUAUGACUAGCAACCAACCAAAGGCAGAGUAA